AUGAAGCGCCCCUGCGAGGAGACGACCUCCGAAAGCGACAUGGACGAGACCAUCGACGUGGGGAGCGAGAACAAUUACUCGGGGCAAAGUACUAGCUCUGUGAUUAGAUCCAACUCUCCAACAACAACGUCUCAGAUUAUGGCCAGGAAGAAAAGGAGAGGGAUUAUAGAGAAAAGGCGACGAGAUCGGAUAAAUAACAGUUUAUCUGAGUUGAGACGACUGGUGCCAACUGCUUUUGAAAAACAAGGAUCUGCAAAGUUAGAAAAAGCUGAAAUAUUGCAAAUGACAGUGGAUCAUUUGAAGAUGCUUCAGGCAACAGGGGGUAAAGGCUACUUUGAUGCGCACGCUCUCGCCAUGGACUUCAUGAGCAUCGGAUUCCGAGAGUGCUUAACAGAAGUGGCAAGGUACCUGAGCUCCGUGGAGGGCCUGGACUCCUCGGACCCGCUGCGUGUGCGGCUGGUCUCUCAUCUCAGCACGUGCGCCUCCCAGCGGGAGGCGGCGGCAAUGACGUCGUCGUUGGCCCACCACCACCACCACGCCCUGCACCCGCACCACUGGGCGGCGGCCUUCCACCAUCUGCCCGCAGCGCUGCUGCAACCCAACGGACUCCACGCCUCCGAGGCAACCCCUUGCCGCCUCUCCACAACUUCAGAAGUGCCUCCUGCCCACGGCUCUGCUCUCCUCACAGCCACCUUUGCUCAUGCAGAUUCUGCCCUUCGGAUGCCGUCGACCGGCAGCGUGGCCCCUUGCGUGCCACCUCUGUCCACUUCUCUCUUGUCCCUCUCGGCCACUGUCCAUGCCGCAGCCGCAGCAGCCACCGCAGCGGCACACAGCUUCCCUCUGUCCUUCGCGGGGGCUUUCCCCAUGCUCCCCCCAAACGCAGCUGCAGCAGUGGCAGCCGCAACAGCCAUCAGCCCGCCCUUAUCCGUGUCAGCAGCGUCCAGUCCUCAGCAGACCAGCAGCACAACAAACAGUAAACCUUACCGACCCUGGGGGACAGAAGUUGGAGCUUUUUAA